AUUCUCAGGCCAGUCACGUCGUCUUCUCCUCUCUUUCCCCGUCUUGUUUGAUUGUUGAUAUGUAAUACACUUCCAAUUCCAAUGUUUUUAAAGCUUUCGACCCUAAAACUAAAAUUUCCCAGCAAUAUCCCUCCAUGGCUCAACUUCCCCGGCUGUUAUUUCGUCUUUUCAUACUCUAAUGCUCUGCGAUUGAACCCAGAAACCUCCAUAAACCCUCCAUCACUUGACGAUUUUGAAGAAAAUAUUGGGUUUUUAAAGAAGAACCUACAUCCAGACAACUUAAUCCGGGUUUUGGAUAAAACCCAGGAUUCCAACUCAGCUAUCAAGAUAUUCAAAUGGGCUGCUUUGCAAAAAAGCUUCAACCACAACGCUGAUACAUAUUACCACAUCAUUUUGAAAUUGGGUUUGGCUGGAAAUGUCAAAGAGAUGGACAAUUUUUGUCUAAAUUUGGCUAGAGAUAGACACGCGGGUUCUGGUGAGGCUCUUGCUUCUUUGGUUCAUACAUUCGUUAGACAUUCUAGGCUAAACGAGGCGAUUCGGGUUCUGGGGAACAUGACAUCAUGUGGGUUUAAUCCCUCUGUUGAUGUUUUCAAUGAUUUGUUGGGUGCUCUUGUUGGAAAAACAGAUUUUCAACAUGUCUUGUUUGUUUACAAGGAGAUGGUGAAAGGGGGAAUUGUACCCACAGUUGCUACUUUGAACUCUUUGUUGGAGGUUUUGUUUAAGAUCAAUAGGAUUGAAUUAGGUUUGAAUCAGUUUAGGAGGAUGAGAAAGAAGGGUUGUUGUCCUAAUGUUAGGACCUUUGAGAUUGUUCUAAAAGGUCUUGUUUUGAAUGGUAGAGUUGAUGAUGCAGUGCUCAUUUUGCAUGAAAUGUUGGAACUCAGGUAUCAGCCGGAUUUAAGUUUCUAUACCUGCAUCAUCCCUUUGUUUUGUGGAGAGAACAGACUCGAAGAAGGAAUGAUGCUAUUAAGGCGGAUGAGAGCAGCUGAUUUAGUGCCGAAUUCAGUAAUUUGCAGUAAAAUGGUUCGUUGUUUAUGUAUGAACUUUUGUCUAGAUGAUGCGACUAGCAUUCUUGAAGAGAUGAUGGAAAUCGGUGAGAUUCCACCCGUUGAAUCUUUUGUGGAUGUAGUGAAUGGUUUUUGUGAAGCUGAGAGAUAUGAUGAGGCAAUUCGUUUCUUGGAGAAUAACUGUUAUGACUUAAUUUCUCCUCAUAAAGCAUUGCUCGAAGGUUGUUGUAAGGCUGGUAAUUUUUUUCUUGGAAAAAGUCUUCUUGAGAAGAUGUCUGAGAGAGGCAUGGCUGAUUGUGAUUCUUGGAACAUUUUACUCGGAUGGAUUUGUGAGAAUGUGGGGAUCAAUAAAGCUUAUGAGCUUCUUGGUAGAAUGAUUAUACGGUCAGUAGUUCCUGAUUGCAGCACAUAUGCAGCUCUUGUUGUCGGUAACUGUAAUCUGAACAAGUACAAGGAUGCUUUAGAGCUAUUUUAUUACAUUCGGUGCAACUUCUGGGUUUUGGAUUCGAAAUGCUAUUCAAGGCUAGUUGAAGGCCUUUGCCACCUAAAAAGGAUUGAAGAGGCUGUUGAAGUAUAUUAUUACAUGUCUAAAAGUAGAUGUCCCCUUGAAGUCACCACAUUCAAUAUGUUGAUCAAGGCUGUAUGCGAUGUUGGAAAUGUGGAUGAAGCAGUCAAGCUGAGGUCACUGGCUUAUUAUUCCGGUACUUCCUGCUCUACUUCGAUUUAUGUCACUAUAAUGCUUGCCUUGCAUAAAUCUGAAAGGGCUAAAGAUGUCUUGGUAGUGCUUUCCCAAAUGGUAAUAGGGCACUGCGAAGUUGAUGUAGAAGCAUACUGUAUCCUGAUACGAAGUAUGUGUGCACUGAAUAGGUUUAAGGAUUGUGCUUUGUUUUGCAAGUUAAUGAUUACGGAGGGUCUCAUGCCUGAUUCAGAGACUAUUCAUAGCCUUUUCUCUUGUUUAAUGAUUCAUUCUCAGUUACAUUUGGUGUCAAAUGAUAUCGGUGAAAUUAUUUCUAGAAUGGAAAUUCCGGAUUCAACAAUAUUUAAUAUGCUGAUUAAUGGCCUGUGGACAGAAGGGUGCCAGAAUGAGGCUCGAAAUUUGUUAGAUUUGAUGUUGGAAAGGGGUUGUGUUCCAGAUGCUACAACUCAUGCAUUGUUCAUUGGAUCAAAUGUCGAUAGGGUAAAAAGUAGGGGAGUGCCAACAUACAAAAAAUCAAUGGAUGAAGACAAUGUCAGCAACAUUCUUGCUGACGCAUUGGGAAAAUGAUAAAGAGCUUGAUACUUGGUAUGGUUUUUUUAUUUGACUGUGUAUCCCCCCGUAGUGGUACACUUACUGUCCUCCCAGGCCCCAGCUGUAUAUUUUCUGGUCAUGCCUUCAUUUAUCACCCACAGAAGAACAAAAAGUCAUGACAUAGAUCUUCCUUCAAUGGCUUUCUAAUUAUGGUGACUGACUUUUAUUUAGACAUGGUAACAUUUUGAAUCUGAUACUAGAUGCUACAUUUAGUGAGAAGAGGCACUUGUCCAAUCUCAAAUGCUGAACCGAUAGCAACUUCAGAAACCUUGUUUAGUUUCUGGUGAAUAAUAUGCUAUUGUGGUUACGUAUGGAAGUUCUUUCUGCCUCCUCUACUUUCUCAAAUUUUUGUGGAUAUAAUUUCCAGUGGUAGAAGACUGCAAAUCGAGCUGUGUACAAGGCUGGGACUGCUCUCUGUAUGUGCUUAAUAAACCCUUUUUUGUUGAGACUCCAUGAUCCUGUUUAGCCAUAAGGUUCAGAGACGGCAACCAUCAAUAUCAAUCCGUAUACAGCAAUUGCCUGUUCCAUGCACUCAUCUAAAAGUUGUGUUCCAUUCUUCUUGCGUACACAGUGAGAGGGUGACAGCGGAGCAAUUGAAGCAGGCGACAAGCAUAGAAGUUUGGAGGCAGAACAAUUGAAGCAGGCGAUCAGUAUAGAAGUUGGCGGCGUAGGACACUAGUAGGUGCAGAGGACAGGGAUGGGUUCCUAUAAGGUGAACUUGCAGAAUGGGAUGCAUAGGCCAGCACAUUUAGCAUAUGAUUUGGAUGGAAAUGGAUUGCUUAGGUGAACUAAUACUGUUAUCACCAACUAAUUUAUACGAGCACCGCAUCUUAAGUUCAGCAUCACUGUUAUGUUUAUGCACCAUCUUUGUAUUGCUUGGCUUUGCCAGAGGGGAAAUAACAAUUUAAUUGUAGAUUUUAAUUUC